AUGAAGCAUAACCCUCAGUUCACUCCUUCUUUUCAAACAUGGGAGUCCUUUGAGGACCUGUACGCAACCAUACAAAGUAAGCUGCAGGAAAUUAAAAAUACUUCACCUGAGGAGAAAUUAGAUCACCCGAAAUUGAAAUUGCCUCCAAUUAAAUUACCACAGUUUAAUGGCGACCCAAAUAAUUGGACGUCGUUUUAUGAAGCCUUUAACCAUUUAGUGCAUAAUAAUGGGUCAAUUUCGAACUCAGAAAAGGAGAAACCGUUCGAACCUGCUAUCGAUGGACUGCGAUCAAACGCGCAAGCCAUUGAGUCGCAGCGUGAGUCAUUGCUAGUCGACAGUACCCCGCGCGUCGCGUCUGGCUCCUUUGACGAACCUAAUAACAAUCACGCGCCGAUUUCUCUGUGUUCAUUGCAGAAUGAAGCGAAUACUUUAAUAUCACAACCGUCAACGGUUUUACUUGGUACUGCCCGCGUAUGUACUCUUGAUACGCGUGGUAACCCGCAUAUUUUGCGUUGUCUUAUAGACAACGGCUCUCAAAAUCAUUUUAUAACGACUGAGUGUUGUAAAAAGUUACUAUUAAAUUACAAUACGUUUUCCGAACCUAUGUUUGUGAACGGGUUUGGUGGCUGUUCGAAUGAUAUAAUAGGAGCAACCAAUAUUGUUAUAUCCUCUCGUUAUGAUAAAAAUAUUAAAUAUUCUAUUAAUUCUUUAAUCGUGAAACGCAUUACGGAUUAUUUACCCACUUCUAAGGUUGAUAGAUCGAAGUUGGAGUAUUUGUUUAACAUACCGCUUGCCGAUGAUAUAUUUCAUGAACCCGGUCAGAUUGAUAUGUUAAUCGGUGCGCAGCUGUUUUCGAAACUACUCAAGCAGGGUCGUAUCCAGGGACCGCCUGGUAUGCCCGAUGCUGUUCAAACCACAUUUGGUUUUAUUUUAAUGGGUGAAGCGCCUAUUUUAUCUAUAAAUUCUAAUAUAAAAAGUUCAUCGGUUUUAUGCGCUUACUCGAAUAUCCCUUUAGAAAACAUUUUGCGAAGAUUCUGGGAGCUUGAGGAGCCGUCAUCUAAGUCUUCCGCUUUCCUUAGUGAGGAAGAGGAAGAGUGUGAACGUAUAUAUAAGACUACCACGUAUCGUGAAUUGUCAGGUCGAUAUGUUGUUGCACUUCCAUUCAAGAAAAGCCCUCUUAAUCUGGGUUCAUCUAUGGACAUAGCUAAAAAGCGGUUUAUGUCACUCGAACGUAAAUUACAGUCAUCGCCUAGUUAUCGUGAGGCAUACGACAAAAUAUUCAUUGAAUAUCUGGAAAAAGAUUAUAUUUCUCCUGUAGUAGAUCAGUGCGACAAUAUAGGUUACAUUAUUCCACAUCACGGUGUAAUUCGUGAGUCAUCUAUAAGCACCAAAGUUAGAAUGGUGCUCGAUUCCAGCGCGAAGACUGAUAAUAACAUAUCGAUUAAUGAUAUUUUACAUGUCGGUCCCAACUUACAGCCUGACUUAUUUGCAGUUAUACUUCGGUUUAGAACGUUCCCUAUCGCCUUUUGCGCUGACGUGAAACAGAUGUAUCUACAACUGAAAACCCUUCCUGAACAUAAUAAAUAUCAACGCGUUUAUUAUAGAUUUGAUCCGUCUGAUCCGUUACAAUUAUUUGAAUUUAAGCGCGUUUGUUUUGGAUUUUCUUCAAGCCCAUAUUUAGCGCUUCGGACUUUGAAACAACUAGCCGAUGAUGAAAGGGCCAAAUAUCCUUUGGCUGCUGACGUUAUUGAUCGCGGUAAUUAUUAUAUGGACGAUAUUUGCUGUAGUUGCGAUUCGAUUCCCGAAGCAUUUGAAGUAUCCUCUCAACUUAUUAAAAUGUUUUCAGCUGGUGGAUUUGAUCUUUUAAAAUGGUCUAGUAAUUCUGAAAAGUUACUUUCUUCUUUACCUUCCCAUCAUUUGCAUCCGCAAGCAGUUCAUUUUGACUCAAAUGAGUUUCAUAAAGUUUUAGGUGUAAAAUGGGAUUCAAAAUCAGAUACCUUCUCGUUCGAAGUAAGCAACUUAACUAAUGUCACAGCAACUAAGCGUAAUAUGCUUUCUAUCAUUGCCCGUUUAUGGGAUGUGCUAGGUUUUGCCGCACCUUUCAUACUAUACGUUAAACUUCUAAUAAAGGAGCUUUGGCUUUUAAAACAGGAUUGGGAUGAGAUUGCUCCUCCUCAUAUUAUUAAAGCAUGGAAGAAAUUCUAUAGUGAUUUACCCUUCUUAUCUAAUCUUCAAGUACCACGGCAUGUAGGUGUAACUAAAACUUCUUCACCCAUACUGCUGGCAUUUUGUGAUGCCAGUGAAAAGGCCUAUGGUGCCGUAAUUUAUCUAUGUGUACAAUCUGAGGGAAAUAAUACUAUCCGUAUAUUAUAUAGUAAAUCUAAGAUUUCACCGCUGAAAGUUGUUUCUUUAGCUCGACUUGAGCUCUGUGCCGCUCACCUCAUGGCAAAAUUAUUGUCUGCCGUGACACGUGCCUUCGAAAAGCAAUUUUCUGUGCAGCGAGUAGUCGCUAUGUCUGACUCAACGAUUGUUUUAAACUGGAUAAAUUCCAGUCCCCACCGCUUAAAGACAUUUGUAGCCAAUAGGGUUACUAAGAUUCAGGAGGUUUUAUCCCCUAAAAACUUCUACCACAUUUCCGGCAAAACCAAUCCUGCCGAUUGUUUAUCCCGUGGUCUAACCGCUUCUCAACUUAUUUCGCACGGUUUAUGGUUAAACGGUCCCUCUUGGGCAGUUUUAAAUGUGAAUCAAUGGCCACUAGAACCCUUCAUAUUGUGCGCGUCUGAUGAAAUACCAGAACGUAAAGUAGUCGCUUUACCGACUAUAUCCAUCCCGCAAGAUGAAGGAAUAUUAGAAAUCGUUAAUAGAAUCUCUGAUUGGUCUCGUUGUUUACGCGUAUGUACAUAUAUAUUUAGGUUCAUAGGUAAAUUAAAGUCUCGAGGUAAAAUAUCACCUCAAGAUUUACAAGAAACCGAAAUAAUUAUCCUGCGUGCUGUUCAAAAAAAGCACUUUCAUUUUUUAACUCAAUCUCUUCUACUUAACAAAUCGUACCCCGUAGCUUUGCGUAAACUUAGCCCAUUUAUUGUUAAUGAUGUAAUUCGAGUUGGCGGUCGUCUUUCUAACACCGACCUAACAUUUGAUCACAAACACCCUAUUAUUUUGCCUCAUAAAGAUCAUGUAGUGAAUUUAAUUAUUGAUUGGAUGCACAAAAAGUCAUGUCACGCUGGACCUCAACAUUUAAUUUCGUUGUUACGACAAAGAUUUUGGAUUUUAUCUGCAAGACGUAUUGUAAGAUCAAGGGUUUAUCAAUGUAUUAAAUGCUUUAAAUUGCGCCCGAGAGCUGCAACAGCGCCAAUAAUGGCUGACUUACCAAAGUGUAGAUUAUCAAUUUCUAAACCUUUUACUCAUGUUGGCGUGGAUUUCGGUGGACCUUUAUUAUAUACCCCUAUUCGUAGACGGGGUAGUAAAAGUGAAAAGAUUUAUAUCUGCGUAUUUAUAUGUCUUGUGACAAGAGCGAUUCACAUAGAAACCGCAACUGAUUUAAGUACUAACUCAUUUCUGAAUGCUUUAAAACGAUUCAUGUCGCGCAGAGGUCCAAUCCAAGUCAUUUAUUCUGAUAAUGGAACUAAUUUUAUUGGUGCACGUUCCUAUUUAAGCGAACUUCAAAAUUUCAUUUUUUCUAACGCAUUCAGUGAGGACUUUCGCUGCGUAUUAAACGAAAAUCGUAUUACAUGGCAAAUGAUUCCGCCUAACGCUCCACAUUUUGGUGGUAGUUGGGAAGCGGCAAUCAAAAGUGUAAAGACUCAUUUGUUCCGUGUGAUAGGUAAGCAAUUGUUAUCUUAUGAGGAGUUUCUAACUGUUUUAAGUCAAAUUGAAGCAAUUCUUAAUUCUAGACCUUUAGGCAUACUAAGUGAAGAUCCUUCUGAUCCAAGUCCCUUGACUCCAGCUCAUUUUUUAAAUUUAAAGCCAUUAAAUUACCUGCUUUCAUCUAACAUUGAGGAAGAAAGGAUGCAGCUCCUUUCUCGGUACCAUUUAUUGGACAAAUUAAUUCAAUCAUACUGGAAAAGAUGGAGUAACGAAUAUCUACAUACGUUGCAAACGCGUGAGAAAUGGAAUUCUGCAAGUUAUCCUAUAAAAGAGGGUGUUAUUGUACUUCUUAUGGAAAAAAACGCACCAUCACUUCAUUGGCCUUUAGGAAUUGUAGAAAAAACUUAUCCUGGUAAAGAUGAUCGUACUCGUGUCGCCUUAAUUCGUACCAAAUCAGGAACAUUUAAACGUCCUAUCAUACGUCUAUGCCCUUUACCCAUUCUAUCUUAA